UCUCUCUCUCUCUCUCUCUCUCUCUCUCUCUCUCUCUCUCUCUCUCUCCCUAACUCCCUGCCUCUCCCUCCACCUGUUAGUGUCAGUGCGGACCCUCGUGCACCGACAUCCACUCGUUUAUUUUAGAAUCUCGCACAAAGACUCUAUGACGGUGCAGCGUGGAAAGAAGCUCAGCAUCUCCAUCCAGGAACACAUGGCCAUUGAUGUUUGCCCUGGACCAAUUAAACCCAUCCAACAGAUCUCUGCCUAUUUUCCGCGCCUGUCCCCCACCUCCCCCACUCCUGUCUCCCCAAACCCCACCAGCUCCCCACUGUCCCUCAGCCCCACUGCUGUGGCCUCCAGUAUCAGUGGUGCCCAACUCCUGUCGCCUCUGCUGCCCUAUGGCAGGGUGGGUGGCGGCGGCGGUGGCGGCUCCCUCUCGCUGACCAGCAGCGUCGACACGUCGGUGGAGAUCAACAGCUCAGACAGUGACGACUGCACUGCUCUGGGAACUCUGGAGUUUGAGCUGCGAUAUGAGCAGAGUUCCAGUGAACUGCACUGCACGGUUCUCCGGGCCAAGGGGCUGAAGCCAAUGGACUUUAACGGUUUGGCUGACCCGUAUGUCAAACUGCAUCUCCUGCCUGGAGCCUGUAAGGCCAAUAAGCUGAAAACGAAGACGAUUCGUAAUUCUCUGAACCCAGUCUGGAAUGAAACCCUGACUUAUGUGGGGAUCACAGAGGAGGACAUGCACAGGAAGACACUCAGGUUGUCGGUGUGCGAUGAGGAUAAGUUGACUCAUAAUGAGUUCAUCGGAGAGUCUCGUGUGGCACUGAAAAGGGUCAAACUGGGUCAGACAAAACAUUUUCAUACCUGCCUGGAACAUCCACCUCCGCUGCCGUCUCCGACCGCCACGGGAGAAGCGCUGAGAGGAAUAUCCUGUUACCUGAGAGAGUGGGAGAAGGAGCAGCUGCACAGUCUGGAGGAGAGAGGUCGCCUUCUCCUCGCUCUGCAGUUUGUGUGUCCAGUCGGCGUGGAGGAAAAAGCUGGAGAAAAAGGAGGAGGUGGUGAAGGUCGCCGUGAGGGUCUGUGUGUGGGUGUGAAACGCUGCGCCCACCUGGCAGCCAUGGAUGUCAAUGGGUUCUCUGACCCCUACGUCAAAAUAUAUCUGAAGCCAGACAUACAGAAGAAAUCCAAGCACAAAACAGCAGUGAUUAAAAAAACCCUCAACCCAGAAUUCAAUGAGGAGUUUUUCUAUGAGAUCUCACUGUCAGAGCUGGCCAACAAGAUGCUGGAGGUGACCGUGUGGGACUAUGACUUGGGUCGAUCCAACGACUUCAUAGGAGGGGUGUGUCUGAGCGCUCACUCCCAGGGUGACACUCUCCGCCACUGGACUGAGUGCCUGAAGAACAGAGGUCAGAGGAUCGAGCGGUGGCACAUCCUGACCAAUGAACUGCCACGAACCUUCAGCCAUGAUUAAAGCACUGCAUCAUCUCCACCGACUCGGCAGAUUGUCAGGGAUCGUGUCAGAGGCCCACACAGGUUAUGGACAUAUGCAACGUCACCACGGUAACAA